AUGUUAUCAAGCCUGCUGUGGGUACUCGGUUUCACGGGGCUGCAGGGGGUACUGAGGGUACCCGGGGUUAGGGAUGAAAUAGGGGAGGGUAGUGGGGUGUCCAUGAUGGUGGUGGUGGCCGCCAUGAUGGUGGUGGUGGUCAUGGCUGUGGUGGUGGUGGCUUGGGGGCUUAGGGAGAGCGACUGGCGGGCAGGUAGUGGUGGUAGUUGGCGGGGGGACAGGGAUGGGGAUGAAGACAGGAGGGGGAGGGGGAGGAGGAAGGGGGCGGUGGUGGUGGUGGUGGUCAUGGCUGUGGUGGUGGUGGCUCGGGGGCUGGGGCUGAGGAGCCGGAGGGCAGGUAGUGGUGGUAGUUGGUGGGGGGACAGGGAUGGGGAUGAAGACGGGAGGACGAGGAGGAGGAGGAGGGUGGUGGUGGUGGUGGUCGUGGCUGUGGUGGUGGUGGCUCGGGGGCUGGGGCUUAGGAGCCGGAGGGCAGGUAGUGGUGGUAGUUGGUGGGGGGACAGGGAUGGGGAUGAAGAUGGGAGGAGGAGGAGGAGGAGGGUGGUGGUGGUGGUGAUGAUGGCCGUGGCUGUGGUGGUGGUGGCUCGGGGGCCUGGGGUGAGGAGCCGGUGGGCAGGUAGUAGUGGUAGUGGGUGGAGGAACUGGAAUCGGGACAAAGAUUGGUGGGGGCGGAGGAGGAGGAUGAUGAUGAUGAUGAUGUGGAUGAUGAUGCGGAUGGUGAUGGAAUUGCUCAAAAGAGUGGGAGAACUGGGGGAAAUGGGAGUCUGCAGCCUGCGAGGACUGGAGGAACUGGUUGAACAACUUGUCUAG